AUGCGUCUCAUCCUCACCGGCGCCACGGGCCUAGUCGGCUCCGCAGCCCUAAACCACAUCCUCAACCUUCCCAAGGGCGAGAUCUCAGCGCUGUACAUCCUCAGCCGCAGUCCUGUGCCUAUGGCGGAGAACCAGCCCAAUGUUACCGUCAUCCAACACAAGAACUUCAAUGAGUAUCCUCCCGACCUCUUGGAGAAACUGAAGGGCGCGGACGGAUGCAUCUGGGCGCAAGGGAUCUCCCAAUCUCUUGUUUCCAAAGACGAGUAUGUUAAAAUCACACUCGACUACCCUCUCGCUGCAGCAGAGGCGUUCUCCACGCUCUCGGACUCGUUCAACUUUGUCUACGUGUCUGGGGAAGGUGCAACCCAAUCUCCCGGCCGAUUCACCCCCUUAUUUGGGCGCGUCAAGGGACAAGCCGAAUCAGCUCUCCUCGAGCUCGCGAAAAAGCACCCUAAUCUGAAACCCUAUUCCGUGCGCCCGGCCUACGUGGAUACGGCGAACGACCCGGAAGUCCUCAAGGCCAUGCUGUCUCGGCCGGAGCAGCAAACUUGGAAGGCGAGAUCACUUCAUACCGUCUUUGGUCCCGUUAUGAGGAAUGUGUUUACCAGUAGUGAUUCGCCGACGCAGUAUCUUGGGAAAUUCCUGACGGAUAUGGCGAAAGGUGACGGAAAACCGUUGGGCGAGAACGGGGUUUCUGGGAAUGGCAGGAUUAUCCCGAAUGUGGUUUUUCGGAAGCUGGUUGGACUUUGA